GCCAGUUGUGCCGCUGGACCGCCAUGGCAGCUACCGGAGCCACCGUCGCCUUCAUCGCCGCCGCCGUGGCAGCCCUCGCUGGCACCGCCCACGCCUGUGACGGCUACACCAUCAAGGACAUGCAGAUCAAGCCGUGCGAGGGCCACAAGAACGUCAUAGAACUGAAGGGCCUCAAGCCCGAAUUGACUCCGCAGUGCACCUUCAAAGCCGUAGGCUGCUACAAGACCAACAUCACCAUCGAAUCUUCCUGGACAAAUUUCGUGGUGAAGAAGGACGGAACUGUGGUCAACCAGGGAGAGCAAGAGGGAUGCGAAUUCCUGGACGACAACAAGGAUAAUGACAACACGAGACCUUUCCUCGAUGCGCUUAAUAUGCCUAUGGAAUGCCCUGUGCCUCCGGGCGAGUUCUGCGGAAACGGCAAGGAGGCCAGCCUGCACAAGUUCAGGGCUGCUAUGCCCGGAUUCGUGGGCAAAUACACCGUACACUUGGAUAUGGACUUCGGAAACGGCAACGAAGCCUGCUUCGACGGCAGCUUCCAACUUGUGAGCCCCAUCGGGUUCUAAGGCGGCACAGCUGCUUACCGUCUCACCACCGCUGUACACAACUGUAACGAAAAGUUUGUCACCUAUUAUUUACCAUUGUUACUUCAAUAAAUUUGUCCAACCGCUGGUGGAUUCUAUA